AACUUUCAACUGUUUGGUAGGGGCGUUUCUUUCGCACAUCUUUCAAUUAUCAUGGGUUGUUGUUAUAGUAGAGGUAAAUCAGUUGAUUUGCCAGCUGUGCCACCAGCGCCAGCUAAGCAACGGACGACGACAUUGCCGGAAUUCCCUGGCACAAAUGCGAUCAAUGGCUCCUCCGGAAAUGCUGCAUUUGGUGAAGGCGUCUCCAACAGAGCCCUCGAAGUGGACUAACCGAAACAACAAUUGCAGAAUUACACAGUACUGCAUUUGAAUUAUAUUUGAAGAAGAAUUGAAGAAUGAAUCAUCUAAUAUCGUAGUAAUUUUCUUGACAUAUAAACUGUAAUAAAUUAAAAAAAAGCUUAAUAACUUA